AGCCCCGCCUUCUGAAGGCCUGCCGAUUGGAGAAGAGGAGAGUGGCGAGUAUUGUCCUGUCAGCCAGCUUUUAACAAAAAGAUCUGGACCAAUCACAGGCGCCCUUUCUUUUAGUACUGGCAGUUUGAAACUGUCGGGCUUUCCUUUGCAAGAGCAGGGAGGUGUGGCGCCUGCUCAGGAGUACCUUAACUCAGGAUGUCUUCAUCUGAAGAGAAAACCACAAGUCCUGUUUUGCCAAAAGACUCCGAUCGAGGCAGUUCUGUCUCUUCAGAUCUUCAGGAUGAAUACGAAGAGCUGCUUCGCUAUGCUAUAGUUACCCCAAAGUUUGAGCCAAGUACAUUACGACCGUCAGAUCAUACAGAUAUUCAUCAGAAGUCUGCAGGAAAAAGUCCAGUAAUGGAUGAACGCAGACAUGAAACAGGAGGUGUAAAUUGGAGGAAACAUGGAAGAAAGCCUGAUUUUCCAACAUCUACUCGAACAACCAGAAUAGAAGUUUCAGCAUCAGUAAAGGAGCCAGCUCAUACAGACAUGGAAGGACUUUGCCCUGUCCGUUUGGAAGAAAGUUCUUCUCAAGGGUCCUCAUCUAGUCAACAAGAUCUUCAGGAGUCAAAUGUGACCGAUUUAAGCCUUUCAGAUGAAAGAGUGACCCAGAUAGAGAGCAUCCUUGAUCUCUGGAGUGGAAGUCUUAAGACCAAUGUUCUCACAGAACUGAGGAAAUGGAAGCUUCAUUUUAUUGAGCAUCACACACUAGAAAUGAGACAAGAAAGGGAAAAACAUGCGGCUCAUGUCAGACAAUUGACUAAUCAAAUGGAAAACUUGAAAGAGCUGCUACAUACUUAUGAAAUUUCAAUAGGGAGGAAGGACGAGGUGAUAGCAAAUUUGACACAUGCUAUAGAGAAACAGAAGGAUAGGAUAGAGCUAAUGAAGAAAUUCACAAAGUGGCGCCUUCAGCAUAUUUUAGGGAGACAAGAAGCCAGACAUGAGGUAUAUACAAAAAGGCUGGCUGACCGGCUUUAUGAAAUGGCUUUGUUGAAAAAAGCAUGGGUGGUCUGGCGCUCUCGCAUUCAUAUAAAAUGGAAAGAUACAUUAGAAAGAGCCUGUCAGUCAAGUGCUGAAUCUGUACGUGUCGAGUUAUCCAAUGACUAUGAAACUAAACUUCAGGAGUUGAAUGCUGCACUGGAAGAGGCAAGGGCAGAGAUCAUAGAAAUGCAGAACAAAAAGCACGAUUAUGAAGAUGCCAUGAAGAAGGCAUUCAUGCGUGGGGUCUGUGCACUGAAUAUGGAAGCAAUGACAAUAUUUCAGGGCAAAGAGUUCAAAUUUGACCAUGUAGUGGAUCCGUCAGACAAGAGAGGCGAACCCAGUACCAGCUCUGGUGGCCCUACAGGGAAACUCCCUCCAUCUCAGUUUGAUCGGCCUUUACCAUCCAGCUCCUCCUCGCCGCCACCUCCGCCACCCCAUCCUCCACCUCCAACAGCAGCUCCUGGUGCUGCUCCCACAGAAGAUCUGUUUUCUUCUCACCAGAGCCAUGCAAUUACCUCACAGACGAGAUUAGAUUCAGCUGUUGUAUUAAUAGGCUCUGGCACUGCCACAGGAUCAGGCACUGUGUCCAUUCCAAAAUUGCCCAUGACUAGGGUUGUGACAUCAGCACAGCAGAAGGCAGGAAGGACAAUCACUGCUAGAAUCACUGGCCGAUCAGAUGUUGUACCAAAGAAUCGGAUUUACAGCAACCUCGACGUGUUGGGCGUUUCUCCUCCCAUGAAUUCUGUGGUUGUGGAAAAACACCAUCCGGUCAAUCAACACACUAUAUCCCAAGCCACUGCUGCUAAAUAUCCUCGAACUUUGCAUCAGUUUUCUAAUGCUGUCAGCAUGAGACCUCCAGGACAUAGCGGAAAAACUCAUACUCAGACCCCUAGUAGUAUCCAGUCAAUAAAGGUGGUUGACUAAGUUUACAGAUGAAAAGGCCUGUACUUUACCUUAAACAUGGAGAAAAUUUUCCAGGUUAUACUUCAAAAUUUUCCUUUAUGUUUGGAAAUUCAUAUAAGAAUGCAUCAUGUUUAUUCUUUUCAGUAAUAUUAUACAUGUAAAAAUGUUUUGGGACAUAAAGAGGAAGCCACCUGAGUUGGACCAAUAUUGUUCUGUACAAAUAACGUAUACUUGAAAUUCUUAUUUUCUUAACCUGUUUUAUUAAAUAUGAUUAUUUAAUGUUUUUAAUAAAAAGGAUAAACUUGAACUACUUGUACAUUCUAAGAAGCAUGAUUAUUCCUACUAUACAAAAUUAACAAUGACUCAUAUGUAACUUUACCUUAUUGUGAAAUAAAGCCUUAACUGUUGAUAUACGAAUUAGACUUGAAAUUCAGAAAUGAUUUUGCUUUCCUUGUGAUUUACCUUCACCAGUCUUAAAUUAAGAACACUGCAGAUAUUGGUCUAUAUAAAAUAUGAAGUAUGUUUUCUUUGGAAAUACAUAGAUAUUUCUAAUUUCUAAGAAUGAGUGCCAACAUAUCUAUGUAAUUAUGCACAACUAUGUCCUAAUCCAGUGUUCCAUGCUUCCAACAACAUUUGUAUGUGUGCCUUUCUAGAACCAUUUGCUGUGGCAUAACUGCACAUUUGAUUUGCAGUGCCGCAUUAUUUUAGAACUUAGCUCAAAAUGCACUUUGCUGGGUGAAUUUACCAGCUCCUGUAAUCCCAUAGUGGGCACUAAAGCAUUGGAAGGAGGGUUACAAGAAGGAAAGUUAUGGUGUACAAAAACUGCAGCCUUCAGAUUCCCUUCUGGCUUUUAACUUUGGAAGGGGCCCUUAGGUGUGAAUCUCUUGUAGGCUCCCAGCUGAAUGACUGGCUGUAACAUGAGAUGAUAGUUUGGAUACAUAAAACAGAUGCAGCAGGUUGAACACUACAGAGAGAACGUUCAUACUGCCUAAACCUCCAGCAUAUUUUUUAUAGCCAGUGCAUUCAAUAUACUGAGCUGUACUUCAAAAUGUUGGGAUUGGGCGCAGACAUCAAGUAAGGCAUAUGGAUCUUUUUGUCAUCUUAUCCUCAAAGAAGUUAGGGGAAGCACUUUUCUUUCCAAUGGCACCUGUGAAAAUUCAGUGUAGGCGGUCCAGAAUGGAUUUAGAAGUCUAGUUGGCAUUAAUUUCCUUCUGUCAGCAAAGACAGUUCACGAACUUUAGCACUGUAUUCUUCAUGUAUGUGAACUCAGUUUCCUGUACUUAUUAUUAAAGGAGAGCAAUUCCAUUAAAUUCUUUGUAUUUUUUUGUUUAUAAUAUUUCCAUCCCAGUUUAUAUUGGAUUGUGAAAUUUCUUUUACCACAUAGAAAAUAGUGCACAUAUUCUUGUGAACAUUUAAAAACACAC